UUCGAAAGUGAGCAUGAGCAUGAAGCUGUUGAUCGAUACUCAAGGCAAGCGAGUCUUGUUUGCAGAGGUAGGCAAGGACUGCGUGGAUUUCCUGUUCCACAUACUGUCGUUGCCGGUGGCCACCAUCAUCAGUCUGCCGAAUGCCCAAAAAUUGGUGGGAUCUCUGUCCAAUCUCUACCAGAGCUUAGAAACUCUCAACGACGCCUACAUACUGCCAGACAAGAAAAAGGACAUCUAUCUAAAACCGAUUCCGCCGGUCUCCAGCUUGGUUCCACUGCUGGCCCUUACUGAUGCUAAUCAGCUUCAGAAGAAAUUUUACAAAUGCAACAGCAGCAGCACCAGCUAUUGUUCCGGUAGUUAUAUGUCUGAUGACCCACGCGCCACUUGUCCUUCAUGCGGUUGGCUUCUUAGCAAGAGCAUGACCUAUGUUCCUCAUCCCGCUGUGAAAGUGAAGCCGGAAGAUGGCGGAUUGGUGAAGGGAGUGGUGACUUACAUGGUCAUGGACGAUUUGAUGAUCAUGCCUAUUUCUACUAUCUCCAGCAUUACUAUUCUUAAUAAGUUUAAUAUUAAGGAUCUCUCUACUUUGGAAGAGAAGGAUGUCACCUUGGGGAUGGAUCAGGCCUUGAAGCUGGUCAAGACUUCUAUGCAUAGCAAGAAGGUUCUGACAGAGGUCUUCUUUUAGUUCAAGAUAAAAGAAAUGCAGGAGAAUGGUAUCAGUGUAGCCUGUUUUGUUAUCUUUUGGUGUUUCCAGUUGAAUUACGUUUGUCGUCAAAACUCAUUUACAUAU